GCGAGAGGGAGACGCUCCCCCCCUCUCUCUCCCUAAUAUACCUUCUGAUUGAUAUUAUCAUUCAGCCACCGUUAUCUUUGCGGGUCUGGAAAGGCUGGAGACGUUGAUUUCCUCUGACACUUAGCUCUUCUGACCGGAGCUGAAAGAGAGAGAGAGGGUGCAAUUUUCAAACCAGCAUAUUAAAUCUAUAUCGUGGAUUCAUUUUUGCGUCUUUUCACAGUUUAUUUCUCCCUCGUUCUUAUCUAUACUCGAUCUCUGGAAUGAGCUGUUUUCCUACCAGCGCCGUUUCCACUCCAGCAUGGGAACUGCCGUGUCCAAAAGGAAGAAUCUAAGAAAUGAUGCGAUAUCCUCCGUGGCGGCAAAAGUUAGAGCAGCCAGAGCGUUUGGAGAGUACCUGUCUCACAAUCACCCUGAGAACCGAAACGGAUCAGAUCACCUGCUGUCUGACACCUUCAUUGGUCAAGACUCUGACUCCCCAGACACCAUCUGUCCUGAAACCAACAACCUUCACCCGCACACCGUAUCGCCUGCGCCCGCCGAGCCCAGCCUGAGUAAGCAGCAGGCUCCGCCCCCCAAGCGCCGCGUGUCACUGGAGUGUGUCCUAUCGGGCGAAGAGGAGCAGCCGAAGGGUGGGGAGGGCAGCUUCCAGCCGGCGCGGGUCUACACCAUAACCGGGGAGGGGGGCAUGCUGGGGAGCCGGGGGAGCAAGGAGAGGCUGGAGCUGGAGGUGCUGAAGCCGGGACGGGACCCCAUGCAAGCCCCCCACCCGGCUCCGGCGUCCCACCCGUCCACCCCCCCUCAGCACCACCACCACCAUGCCAACCACCACCAUGGCGGUCACCAGCACGGCAACCACCACCAUGGCAGCCACCACCACGUCCACCACCACCACCACCACUCCCACCAGCCCUCGCAGCCCCUCCAGAGCUCCGUCAGCGCCCACAACAUCCGGGGCUGGGGCGAGGGCGACGGGAAGGGGGGCUCGCGGGAGGACUGCAGCCUGGGGUGCGAAGCCUGCGGAGGAGCCCCGUCCCACAGCCAGCGCUCGCUGGACCUGGAGAGCUCCACUCGGGACACAGGCAAGCAGCACAGGAGGCUAGAGAGGAUGUGCAGUGUGGACCGGGUGACGGGGGAGGAACGAGAAGAGAACAUCAACAGCUGGUUCCCUAAGGAGAAUAUGUUCAGCUUCCAAACAGCCACCACCACCAUGCAGGCGAUAUCGGCGUUCCGGGGCAUGGCUGCGAGAAAGAGGAGGAAAAGAGAGCUGGAGUCGGCUACCAUCAUCCAGAGAAAUUUCCGGAAGCACCUGAGAAUGGUGGGCAGCAGAAGGAUGAAAGCCCAGACAUUUGCAGACCGCAGAGGGAAGAGCUUCAGCCGCUCUUGGAGUGACCCCACCCCCAUCAAGCCUGACUCUCUACACGACUCCAGAGACAGUGGGGACUUGCAGGCAUCCUGUGGGACUCUGGAUGAGGGGGUGUGUGAUGAUCCGAUGGACUGGGAGGAAGAGAGGGAGAUGGAGAGAUUAGCCUGUGAGGGAGACGACUUCAUCCCCCCCAAAAUCAUGCUGAUCUCCUCCAAGGUACCCAAAGCGGAGUACAUUCCCAACAUCAUCCGCAGAGAUGAUCCAUCCAUCAUCCCCAUCCUAUAUGACCACGAACAUGCCACCUUCGAAGACAUUCUCGAGGAGAUUGAGAAAAAGCUCACAGCCUACAGGAAGGGCUGCAGGAUUUGGAGAAUGCUCAUCUUCUGCCAGGGAGGCCCAGGUCACCUGUACCUGCUGAAGAACAAGGUGGCCACUUUUGCCAAGGUGGAGAAGGAGGAGGACAUGAGCCAGUUCUGGAGAAGACUGAGCAGGUUUAUGAGUAAAGUGAACCCUGAGCCCAACCUUAUCCAUAUCAUGGGCUGCUACGUCCUGGGCAACCCUAAUGGAGAAAAGCUGUUCCUCAAGCUGAAGAACCUGAUGAGGCCGUACUCUGUCACGUUUGAAUCUCCGCUGGAGCUGUCUGCACAGGGUAAAGAGAUGAUCGAGCUGUACUUUGACUUCCGCCUCUACCGCCUGUGGAAAACUCGCCAGCAUUCUAAACUCUUUGAUUACGAUGACCUUUUGUGACCCUGCUCUGCCGUCAUUAGCAGCCCAAUGUUCCAUGACGAGGCCUGCCGUUAUGACGGCAUUCAGUAGAAAAAAAGAGGGCAAAGACAAGGGGGCCGGGGCGCGGUGACAAGGACACAAAUUUGAACGCUUUGGUCUCUCGUCAAAGGGCGAGGUAGACGAGGACAGUGACAUUACACAGCCCCCUGUUGCUCCCCUUUUUUUUACUCUAAACAUGACGUCAAGCAAGGAGUGAAAAAUAGGGGAAAAAGCAUUUGAAGAAGACUGAGAUGAGAGCCCUCAGGAGUGUCAGAGGAAGACAAAAGGAAGGAGGAAGAAGAGGAGGAUGAGGAAGGUGUGAAGACAUUUUUAUUUUGGUGAGUGUGUUUGUCACAUCCACCAUAGGGGGACAGGGACUCAAAGGACAUUUCUCUUCUGGACUCUAAAUUAGUCCCUGUUAGGGGCUGUGUUGAUUUGUUUGUACUUUUCAGAAGAUUCAACAUAACCUUAGACAACAAAUCAUCUAUAUAUACUGUGCCACACAAUGAUAUAAUAUACCUGUAGUCAUACAAAUGGUCUACAUGCCUUUAUGGCAGAUCUUUAUUUUUGAUGGUGUUGUCAUGGUGUUUCUUAUUGACUCUUUUUUGAGUAACUCAGGAUUUUAGCCAUUGAAAUGACCUCCCUUUCGACCGUUUUAAAGUCCUACCCCAGCAAAAUCUCAGCAUUCUUAUUCAUUGGGAGAUUUGUUUCUGGGCAUGAUUGAGUAGGAUGGGAGACUGGGUG